UUUUUUUAAAAAAAAAAAAUAGAAGUAAAUCAAGUACGCAGCAGGCGAGAAAUUUUGAAAUAUUUCUCAUUAUUUAAUGAAAAUAAAUUUUACCGAAAACUAAAUUUUUAAUUUGACAGAUAAAACUAAAUUUUUCGAGCGAUUUGUGUUCAAGAUACUGUAAAGUGAAAAAAAGGAGUGCCGCUUGUAAAAUUGUAAAAAUCUUUAAAUAUCAGAGAUAACACGAUUUGCAAAAGUGGGAUGAAAUCAUUUUUUUUGAUAAUAAAAAGUAAUUAACUUUCAAUGAAUUCAAAUUGAUUCAAUUGACUUUUAUAAACGUUUUUCUAUAUUAUUUGAAAGAAAAUUUUUUAAAUUGUCGAGAAUAAAAAAAAAUGGCACCAAAAGAAGGAAGAUAUCAACACGAACGAAAUGAAAAUCUCGAUGAAUAUUUCAAAGCCAUUGGAGUUCCCUACAUUCCAAGAAAAAUGAUAUUGACUACAAGACCUAAUCUAGAGAUAAAACAAGAAGAAGACAAUAAAUGGACCAUCAAAACUAUUUCUUUACUUCGCACAGUGGAACUUACUUUUACUUUAGGAGAAGAAUUCAUAGAAUCUAUGCCAUCAGGCGUUAUUUUAAAAAAUGUUGCAAAAAUUGAAGACGAUUGCAUUGUGAUUUCUUCAAUAGGACCAAAUGAUGAAAAGACUGAACGCAAAUAUGAAUUUAAGGAAGACGAAGUGAUUUUGAUCAUGAUACACGAGCAGAGUGGUCAGGUUGCAAAACGUUACUUCAAGAAGAUUCCAUAAUACCACAUAAAACAAGAAUAUACACGUUUCGAGCUGUUUUAUAAAUUGAAAUGUUACGCUUCUCGAUUUUGCACAAUGGCUGAAUUAUAAUUAUUUUAUAUAUUUAAAGAAAUUAUAAAUUUUUUUUUUUCUUCAAAUUUUUUAAAACUAUGUUAAGAAUUUUUUCAAAAAUAAUAAACAAUUCUAAUUAUAAA